CGCCUCUCGAAGGUCCUUCAGCUUAGCAGUGCCAGGCUGCCUCCCAGGAUGAAUCCCCUUCGCCGCCACAUCCAAGCGGCUGCCGUGAUGGCGAUGGCGUGUCUGGUGGUCGCUGGCGGCGGCGGCUAUGGUGCGCGCGGAGGCCGAAAGAUCGACGGCUCCUCCGGGGGCUUCGGAGUCGGUCUUGGCAGCGGGCACGGGGCGCACGGAGGGCAUGGAGCGCACGGAGGGCACGAGGCGCACGGAGGGCACGGGGCGCACGGGCACGGAACGCACGGAGGCCGCAGCAGCGGUGGCGGCAGCGUGGUCCGCGCCGUGCUCGUCGGCAAAGGAAGUCUCCCCAACAGCGCAAUCAAAGGUGGCCACGGCGGAGGCCAUGGCCAAGCCACCGCCUACAGCGUCGGUCCAGCACCUGGCCCCUUUGGCCCUGGACUUUCUGGAAGGGACGACUUUGGCUCUGCAGGUGUUGCCGGCUUUGGCCCUGGCCCAGUUGACACUGCUAGCUUUGGCCCUGGCCCAGUUGACACUGUUAGCUUUGACCCUGUCCCAGUUGAUAGUGCCAACUUUGGCCCUGUUCAAACUGGCAGUGCCAGCUUUGGCUCUGUUCAAGCUGGUGGUGCCAGCUUUGGUCCUGGCCCAGUUGACACUGGUAGCUUUGGUCCUGGCCCAGUUGACACUGUUAGCUUUGACCCUGUCCCAGUUGAUAGUGCCAACUUUGGCCCUGUUCAAACUGGCGGUGCCAGCUUUGGCUCUGUUCAAGCUGGUGGUGCCAGCUUUGGCCCCGUUCAAGCUGGUGGCGCCAGCUUUGGUCCUGGCCCAGUUGUUACUGGUAGCUUUGGCCCUGUUCAAGAUAGUGGCGCCAGUUUUGGCCUUGGCCCGGUUGACACUGGUAGCUUUGGCCCUGUUCAAACAGGUGGUGCCACUUUUGGUCCUGGCCCAGUUGAGAGUGCCAGCUUUAACCCUGCCCAAGCUGGUGGUGCCAGCUUUGGUCCUGGCCCAGUUGGUAGUGCCAGCUUUGCCCCUGGCCCAGUCGGUAGCUCUGACUUCGCCUCUGGCCGAGCUGAUACUGCUGGCUUUGGCCCGGGCUCAGCUGCCACAGCUGGCUCUUCCGUUGCAAGCAACAAUUUUGGCUCAGUUUCUUCCAGGACUGGAUCUGCUCAACCCAAAAGAGGCUACGGUUAUUAGUUGGGAAUCUUUCGUCCGCUGUAAGAUCACCAAUAAAUGAUCCAGAUAACUA